AUCUUAUCUAAGGUGUGUCUGUGCGCGCGUGUGUGUGUUAUUUAGCCUACAUCUCACUUUCGCUUUUUCACUUGCAGAAGCUGUCUCAGCAGUCUCCUGACUUCACUGGGGCACUGGAAAGUCACAGAACCAGUCUGCUGCCUGUGGCAGAGGAGGAAGAGACCGCAGCAGAAUCUGCUACAGAUACCGUCGCCAUGGCAGGUGCAAACGCUGCAUCAUCAGACGUCACUACGGCAACCAGUGGUGUAAACGGUGCCCCUGCUGACCCCCCAGACAAGGUCAACAACGAAACCCAGGUCAGCAGUGACCCCUCUGCUCUCAAAACAGGCCAAUCAGACGCGACCGCAGGCCAGUCUCCUCCAGGGGGCGACAGAGACUCCCCACCAAACAAGCAGAAGAAGGAACUGCAGAAGGAGCAGAGUACAGAGGCCCUUGGGGGACAUAAAGCACAGGAGGACAGCGAGGUGUCUACUGCGACGGAAAAGGAAGGUGAGACCUCAGUUGUGACUGAAGAUGCCAGCGACCAGGAAGACAGGAGAAACAGCUGGAGCCUGUCCGCAAGUGAAAAGGAAAUUGAGACUGAGUUCCACCGCCUGUCUCUGGGCUUCAAGUGUGACAUGUUCACCCUGGAGAAGAGGCUGAGGCUGGAGGAGCGCUCCCGCGACCUGGCCGAGGACAACGUCCGCAGGGAAGUGUCCAGCUGCCAGGGCCUGCUGCAGGUGAGCGGAGCGAGGGAGAGGGGGGUGGAAAAGGAGGAGAGAGAGAGAAAAGAGAGCAGGGUAAAAGACCGAAUGAUCUACUGCAGGCUUCUGAUCCGCUCUGUGAGGAUGACGGUCAGUCCCAUGGAGAUCAUCCAUCGGCUGCAGAAGAACCUGGACAUCCUCACCCAGUCCAUGGAGAGCCGGAUCGGUAGGGCUGUGGAGGUGAUGAUCCAGCACGUGGAGAACCUGCGCAGGACCUACACUAAGGAACACACCGAGCUUGUGGAGCUCAGGGAGUCAGUCAACCACAAUGAGCGCUCCUUCGGGUCACACGGUCACACUGACAGAGAUGACUUUAGGAAUAAGAAACCGACUGGGUCACAGUACUUCAAGGUUAAGUUACGUGAGCUGUAG